CUCCAUAUUAUUUUGAUACAGCUGUGGAAUUUAAGCGAGAUUAAUGAAAGCCGAAUUGGUUUAAAGUCAGAUGUUUAUAGAAUUAUCUUUAAAUAUCGUCGAUUUUAUAGUAAACUAACUAAUAGCCAUGGGUUGUAAUGACAUUGAUUCUAUUUCAAAACUGGAAAAGGACCUUGCUCUUUUAAAGGAAGAAUAUAAUAAGCUUCAGCGCAGCUAUGUGGAAUUGGAACGGAAAUAUAAUGAAGUUAUUGUCUCAACAUCAGAUCUUGAGUCUACAGGAGAAUUUAGCAGUUUUGUAUCAAGACUGGCCCUGACGACGGCCUCCUUGUAUGGGCGCUCGAUAUAUUCCGACUUGAGCAUUAGGACCAAUUCCAAUGGGACAAUAAUGCCGGCACAUAAAUUCGUACUGCAUGCCCGGUCGGAUAAAUGGCGUAACGAGGCAUUAGCCAGUGCCAAAGAGUUAGACUGGAGCGACUUAGACGAGGAUAUAGCCACAGCUCUGUUACGUUGGAUUUAUACAGAUAUUAUUGACUUGCAGCACGAUCGAUUGACCUUGGGCCUAUUGAGAGUGGCGCAUCGUUUUUCCUUACCUGGACUGCUCGGGCUCUGUGAGAGAGCAUUGGUGGCUUCAGUAGGCGUACGAUCGUGUGUGCGAUUCUAUUGUGUGGCCGAAGAAGUGGGUGCAGCUAGCUUACUUGAGUACUGCUCGGGCAUUAUAUCCACGCACUGGGAUGACUUGACUGCACAGGAUUUCGAACACAUGUCUGGACCACUUCUCUAUAAAAUGCUUAAAAACAAAACCAAAUAUCCCCUACACUCGGCAGUCCGACUAUUGCGCGAAGAUGUCGUUUGCUUGUGCCUUGCUGAAAACAACAAUUCGUUGCCUGAACUGGUGAAUAGUUUGUCUGAACAUGGACAACUACCAUUACAGAUGGCUUUGUCUGCAAAAAGUGUUCAAAUUGCCCAGACUCUUGUUAACAAUGGAUCUGCUAAUGUGAAUGCCUACGACGCCAAAGGAUGUACGCUUCUUAUAGAUGCUGUAAAAAAAGCUGAUAAUUUUGCAGCAGACUUUUUAUUGAAUCACAACUGCCUUGUUGAUCUUGUGUCCAGGCCGUCCUCCGAUUCCGCACUUCAUAUUGUAUGCAGCUAUGGAGAAAUUGACGAAAAUCCCGAAAGCUUUUCACAUAUGAUUGAUAUCGGCAAGAAAAUAUUGCAGCGCAAGGCUAACGUAAACCUUCAAAACAAUCAAGGACAAACCCCGUUGCAUAUUGCAAUCACAUGUCAAAAUAAAUCUAUGGUGGAGCUAUUACUCGAUGUACCCAAUGUUGACAUUAAUUUGCGUACCAAGGAUGAAAAGUGUCCUCUUGAAUUAAGUUUAAUUCCCUUCAAUAAGGAGAGCAUCAACCUCGCUGCAAAACUUCUAAAGAUGGGAGCUAACCCGAAUCCAUUAAAAUCUGACACAAACGACAACCUGCUGCAAGUCCUUACCAAAGCUGGAAGUGAUUUUGAAGAGGCUGCAAUAUUUUUAACUGAUUUUGCCAAUCUCGACCAUCUUAACUUCGCUGGUUUCUCUGCCAUUCACAUGGCUGUCCAAAAGAAUAUGCCUAAGCUUGUGACGAAGCUUCUUAAUGCAGGUGCUACGCCCAAUAUACAAACGGGUUCUGCCAAUAUGAAAUCGCCCCUACAUAUAGCUGUCGAAGAAAAUGCUCGGGAAAUUAUUGAGACGUUCGUUAGUUUCAGUAAAAACGACUCGGACAAAGUAGAUUUUAACUGCAAGGAUGUUAAUGGUGAUUCGCCACUGAGCUUAUGCUUAGCUCUUAACCACAUUGAAUUGGCACCAAUACUUAUCGCUGGCGGUGCUGAUGUAAAUGCGAGAAAUGGACAGGAUUUGACAUUGUUGCAUCAAUUUAUAAUAAACGGCGAUAGCGAGAAAGCAGUUUUUCUCCUGGACCAAGGCGCAGAAAUUAACGCGGUUACAGGUGAACAAAAGUCUGUCCUUCAACUGGCUAUAGACUCCCAUUUACCCAAGGUUGUUGACGUAUUGUGCGUUAAAGGCGUGGACCUUAGUACACUGGAUAAUUCACGAGAUUCACCUUUAUGGACUGCUUUGGAAUUGGGAUUUGAGGAUGUUGCACAAAUUCUAGUUCGCCAUGGGGUUGACACUGAUUGUUGGAGCCAAGGACCUGAGGGCUGCCAGCAGACACUGUUGCACCGGGCAAUUGAUGAGAACAAAGAGGCCACCGCAAUGUUUCUCGUUCGCAACCAAUGCGACUUAGACUCGCCGCGUCAGCCUGGUCCAAAUGAUGAGGGUGGUGAUGAAGCCCGAGACAAAGCCUCGCCUUUACAUCUCUGUUGUCAAUGGGGCUUAACCAAGGUUGUGCAAGCACUGAUAGAUCACGGUGCCAAUGUGAAUGCUGUAGAUGUUGAAAGCAAGACUCCAGCACACGUAGCUAUUGAAAACCAACAUGAAGAUAUUAUUAAUAUCCUUCUGUGCCAUCCCGGAAUAGAUCUGAAGUUGCGAGAUAAAUCUGGUCUGACGCCUUUUGCCACUGCUCUGGCCAUCCGUAAUCACAAAGCGGCACAGCGCAUACUCGAGAGACUUCCAAAUGCAGCUGAAAUAAUGGAUAAUCGUGGCCGUAAUUUUCUGCACUUAGCAAUAUUAAAAGAUGACCUGGAAAGUGUUCUCUUUUUAUUGGCUAUUCAAGUAGAUGUCAAUUCACGUGUCCAUGACGCCUAUCAGUCAACUCCACUUCACCUAGCAGCUUCAUCAAAAAAUGAAAUGAUUAUACGAAAUUUAAUAUUGGCUGGCGCUAGAAUCAACGAACGAGAUGCAGUUCAAAAAAUGCCACUACAUAUAGCUAUUGAACGUGGAAAUCUUGCUGCGGUUUCAGCCAUGAUCCAAAAUAAUGCCGAUUUCGACGCAAGUGAUGCUGACGGGAACAAUGCCUUACACCUUGCGGUCCACGGGGGUCAGCUGGCUAUAGUCCGAGAGCUGCUAACAGAAUCACGAAUAAAUGCGGAGGCAACCAAUGCGAAGGGCCGCAAUCCGUUGCAUGAAUUAUGCCGCGUUGGGGAAGACAAUUCGGGUGCUGCUAUUUGUGAACUGUUCCUUGAAUGUAUGCCGCAAUAUCCGAUUAAUGUUCCCGACAUGGACGGCAACACACCGCUGCUUCUCUCAUACAUGCGAGGACAAGCGCCACUUUGUAAAGUUUUGGUAAAAGUAGGUGCUUGUCUUGGAGCCCAAAACCGAGAGGGAAUCAAUAUUUUUAAUUACAAAUUAGCAACAGAUCAAUUACUUACCAAAUUGUUGGACCAAUUGCCCCAAGAGUCGCCAUGGGCGGAAUCAGAGUUGUGCCAAGAGUGUGGCUUAAAGUUUGCACUUAUCUUAAGAAGGCACCAUUGUCGACAUUGUGGACGAGUUUUAUGUUCUAAGUGCUCUAACAACGAUGUGCCGAUUUUAAAAUUCGGCAGAAAUAAACCAGUGAGAGUUUGUAAUGUGUGCUUUGGUGUGCUCCAAGGAGGCAGCUAAAAUAAUAUGCAAUACGCUGUCUUGCUUUCGGAACAAUAGAAAAGUAUUUGAUUACCAAGGCAGUUUAAACCAACCGGACUAUAAGCAUCAUAGAGAUAUUAUAUUAUAUAAUACAUUAACGAAUAUGAUUAUAAAAUCCUAUAUACAUAUACACAUAGACACUUUUAUCGUGUGUAACUAAUAUGUUUUUCUGUAUUACUACUGUCAAUAAUUGAGUUUUUUUUCAGC